AUGGAGCAAGAAAGCAGAGCUAUAGCUGAAGGCGUUGCCGGCAGCAGCGACCUCGCAACAGCUGAGGUGACGCUAAAGCCGUCGGCGAACUGCUCUCGGUUUGAGCGCCAUCUCAUGCAAGCGCUGCAGCGCGCUGACGCUCUUUCCCCCACUUCCUCCAACCUAGACUUUUCGAUACCAGCCGUGGGCCCGGGCGUUUGCGGAGACGGGCUCUCCCUCGUGACACCCCCGAGCAACCCACCUUCCAUCGAUCCAGCACUCACUCUGUCGCAUUCCUCUGAAAGCGAUCAAGUGGCGUCAACGAUGCCCUGCGAGUCCGGCGGCAGCCCAAACGACGGCACCGCAGCGGCGGUGCAGCAGCGCGCGCUUCGUGCGAGGGAGAAGGAAGUCGUUCAUUUGCGGCGCACCAUUCAGGAGCUCAGCAGCCAACUUAACUGCGUGCUCACCACGCUUGAUCAGCGCGCCGACACAUCGGCUGAGCUAGAGACGCUGAAAAAGACGUGCGAGGAGGAAGCGGUACAGCACGAGAAAGGGAUGCGGUGCGCCCGCCUGGAAAUGCUAGAGAGUCGGGUCAAGUACCGCACCAUGGAGGAGCACCUGGCUGCGACCUACGAAGCCGACGUGCACGCCAGGGCGACGGAGCUGCUCGAGCCACACACAAAGGAGGUACAUGACAAGAAUUUCGAGCUGCUCAAGGAGAAGAUCAUGCUAACGCAGGAGGUCUCAAUGGUACGCGCAGAGUACAAGGACUUGCGCGAUACGUACGUGCGCCUGAAGCGUCAGACCGACCUCGACGGCGGUGCCACCCGCGAGAUGCUUCAGCGCAGUGUCUCUCAGAAGGAUCAAAUCGCCUCCCUCCGACAGCUGGUUAAAACCACCGAAGACAACCUCAACGCUGUUGUCGCCGAAUAUGAAGAGAAACUCCUCACGGAUAGCAAGACACAGCAGGCGGUGAUUCAAUCACUGACGCGGGAGCGGGAUGCGGCGCGGCGAGACGCACUGCAACUCCGGCACGAGCUGCAGCAGCUGCGAAGUGCGGCUGGCAACGUGCUAGCGCAGCGCUCUGAGCUCGAGACGUUUUUUUAUGCGGCAUUAGAAGAGGUGCGUGUGGGUGUCGUCGAAGAGCGUCGCCAGUUGCUGCUGGAGAAUACGCCGGCGGCACGCAUCACCAACGCAAGGCAGGUUCCCCCGGCGCACACCACGUCUUCUCUGUUGCGACUAGAGGGACCUGAGCGACUUCUGUUGACCGACGGUGCGAGUCCUGCACUGUUGACAUCAUCGCCUUCGACGAGCUGGACGCUUGAGCGCAAGAGCUUUCCAAGACGCAUCGCUGCAGUCUCCUUGCGGAACGCGCAGCCGGCAGCGAGGGUCGCCGCUGCCUCGUCGACAAGCUCAGCGCGGCGCUUCGCGUCCCCUCUCUUGCCCACAAGAAGUCAGCACGACGCGGCGGUAAGCACAUCAGCCGACCAAGGCGGGUGGCGUCGUACCGCUGUUGAUGUUGACAGCGCAUUUCGACUUGGAACGAGGACUGCGCAGGAGAGCAAUGGCGCUUCCUCCCCGGCUGCACGAGAGCAACACGGUGGACUGGACACAGCCGAGGAGGUCAGCUUCCCACUCCUCAAGAGCUUGCCCAGCGCCCCAGCCUGGCGAGACGCAAAGAGGGUCGACAUAAAGGAUCUGUGCUGGGUGGACAAGGAGCGCGUUAUUCAGCUACUGUUUAAACGUAUCCGACAAGAGGGACAGCGGCAGGCAAUACUGUCGCAACGCGCGGCUCUUCUAAAAGACUCCUUAGUGGCGAAGACCGAAACGGUCGCAGCGGUAGAGGGGCUGUCUUGCGAUACUAAAGAGAUUAGCCGAAGCUCCCUGACGUUUCUGACGCAGCAGUAG